AUGACGAAGAUGCCAAACGGCACAUUCCCCCCGCUCAGGGAAAAGCGCUGCAACGAUGUGGAUGCACAAAGUUGUAGAACAAGGAAACGAGCGAGUUACAUUCACAGGUGUUUGAACGUGCGAAAGUUGCAAAAAUGUGGCGAGCUGAGAAAAAUGGAAAAUUACUGCUUUUACAAUGUGAAAAAUUUAAACUGCUGCGUGAUUAACCCCUACUAUGACCACCACCAAAGUAAUAGCAUUUGCGUCCUCACGUCAAAUAAAAUCGUGUCCGUUCUGAACAUUUUUGAGUUUCAUAUAAACAACAGCGUUUUGUUUAGAGGGCAGCACAUUUUAAGUUUACAUUGGCACAGUUUGUAUGUCUUUAUCUGCACUGGUGCAUCCAUUUUCGUGGUGAACUUUUUUGACAAAACGAAAAUUGCGCAUGUGGUUUUGGCUAACCUCGAGAUGAUCCAAAAGGUAGAGGUCAGCCAAGCAGGUAGCUUAAACGGCGAAAAAAACGUUAAAGCGGACUUGUCAGUGAAUCAUAACUGUGCGGAGAGGAAUACAUGUAGUGACAAAGUGGACGGCGUGACAAAUGAGCUCCAAAUGGAGCCCCAAAUGAUGUGCGCGAUGGAGUCGAUUCACAUAUGCGAAUUGCAGAAGGGGGAGUAUACAAUAGCGAGGGGGAAAAAUGUGAAAAUUGUAAAAAUUGAAAAAAUAAAUGGAAUUGAAAAAAUAAGCAUUUCAAACGAGUUCGAUAUGCACAAUUCGAUUAUUAGCAUAAGUCCAUAUUAUUACCACCACCAGAAUGGGUUCCCUGAUAAUGAAGUCUUCCUCUCGGUCAUUACCUCCCUGGGUGGUGCGCUAUGCCAUGGGGUGAAUCACCGUACUUGUACAUAUAUGGAACAUAGCAUACUGACUAGGGGGAACUACCUAAUGUGUAGAAAUUACCUUUACAUGGGAGGUGCGAAAAAGGACACAAUUAAGAAAAGGUACCUUACAAACACAUCGUGCACACCUUAUCGUGGUGGUGAUGCAAACUGGGGCGGAAGCACCACGGAGGAGGGGAACACAAUUAAGAAGUUACCCCCUGAAGUGAUUGCUUGGGAUGGAGCGGAGAAUUCCCACCUAAUCGGUAACCCAGGGGGGGCCAGCCCAAUAACGAACCUAUUCCAGUACAUGAAAAUUACUCCCAAUUUGGGGCAGCAAAAACGAAGUGACACCAUCGAACGUUGCCUGUACAUAUAUGGGAAAAAUACCCUUUUGCAGUUUCGAUCCAAAACGGUUGUCGAGUUUUUUUCUGAGGUUAUGAAAAAAAACGGAAAAAAUGGAAGAAACAUUUUUCUCCUACUUGAUGCGCUAAAGAGGCAGCCAAUCAGUAGAAAAGAGUUAACUCAGAUUGGACUAUCCCUUAUAAACGCCUUCAUAAAACGGACGAAUUACUUCAUCGCGGCAAAUGUGUUUAUCCUGCUGUGUAACCAUUUUUGCGACAAGUAUCGGGUUAUCUACAACGUCAUGGAGAUGUUUUUCCUUCGAAAACAUAUGCACAUCCUUUCGAUGUUUUAUCGAAAACUGAAAUUAGAGAGAACACAUCAGAAGGGGAGGAGCGGCCAUUCUUCUACUGUGUACGCGGUAAGUGAUAAAAAAAGGAGAUUCAUGACACGUAGAGGGAUGGGGAAGAAAAAAAAAAUUAAAAGCGCUUUGUACAUCCUUCACCUUUAUUAUUAUCAUCUCAAAAGUGGGAGAAAAAAAAAAAAAACGAAAAGGGAUAAAGAACGCCUUAAUUACGAGUGGAAGAAGAAGAAAGAAAAAAAAUCUUCCCCAUGUGAAAAAAGAAAAAAAAAAAAAAGCUUCCUCUUUUUUGCAACGAAAAAGCUGUUUAACCAAUUUUUGGUUUUUCUGUUACUUACGGAUGCUCACGAAUUUCGGAAGGUUUACGAAAUUUCAUCGAACGCUGAUUUGAAUGCUGGCAUGUUGGUGAAGCACAUUGUGCUUUUCCUCGAGGGCGAUUUAUCUCUUUUGAAGAAACAAUUUGUUCGCAGUGGCGGCGGUGGUGUCAGCGGCGGUGGUAAUAUUGACAGCUGUAGCGGUACCGGCAGGGGGGGGAGAAGCACAAUCGGCACUGCGAAAUUGGAGGGUGGCCCCCACAGCAGCGACGGGAGUAGCGAAAGUUGCGACAGAGGAGGUCACUGCGGGAGGAACUGCGAAAGGCACUACGCAAGUCACUCCACCGAUCGCAGCAGACGCAGCGCCCACGGCGCCGCUCUAAAAGAAGAAAAAAAAAAGCGACGAAAAAGGAAUCCUUCUCGAUAUCCUGCUUGACAUUUUUUUUAAAUUUGACAUCCCCCUUGGUUCUGCCCCUUUUGCAUUACUAUGCAAGGAUAGGGAGGAAGAGCAAAAAAAAAAAAAAAGAACCUCGUUGGAGCAGCAACAACGGUGAAGUCACUAGUAAUGACAAAACAGCAACAGCAGGGCAGGAGGAUAAACUAGUGAAGAAGAAGAAAAAGAAGAAGAAGAAGAAGAAAAAGAAGAACCUACCUGCUGCAUGCCUACAAGAAAGUAACAAAGGAUGCACAAAUAGGGAAAAAAAUUGCUACAGUAACAGGUAUAAGGAGAAAAGCGCAUGCGCAAGGGGGGGAGAUAAACUCACGAACGAGGAGGACCUUCAUCGUAACGAACACCGCAGCGAGGGCCGCCUUAUUAUCCCCAAUUGCGAGGAGUUGUCGGGUCCGUUGCCGCACCAGCGUGAUGGGCGUCAUGAGGGUGACCAACGCGACGAUGAAAAAAAGAACACGUACUUGAGCAUGGAGUUUAGGAGAGAUCACGCAGACUGGAACGGCAACGGAGCCGAUGAGGAGACCCCCCGUGGGGAUGACCCCCAAAGCGCAACCGCAAGGCAACCCAGGGAGGAGGAAAAACGAACGAAGCGACGAAGCAGUGGGGGGGAAGGCCCCCCAAACAGGCUAAGUCAUAACUCAAAUGGUACAAAUACAGCCAACACAGUAACGCUGAGCAACCUGACGAAUGAUUAUUUUUCCAAUUCAGCAGCGCACCGUCGUAGUGUGCCCCUCACCUUUGAAGACCUAGCAGAGGAUAGCUCUCCACAAAAUUUGAGCCUAUUCGAAAAAGAAUUUAAUAACGUAAAAAAAAUGGAAAUCAUCAAAAUGCUCGUUCGAAGAAAAAACAAAAAGGUAUUUGUAUACUUGAAGCAAUGCAGCUGGCAAGUACUCAAAAAAGUAACACAAAAAUUUGUACUAAAAUUAUUUCGUUUGAGUAAAAUAAAAACAGCAAAGCUGUUAGUGAUCGUAAAAGUGAAGGAGAAAAAUAAGUAUAAAUAUUUCUUCAAUCCAAAGGAUGUAAUAAAAAGGUUAAAGGAGAGACCGUUCUUUCUUUACACCUAUUUGAAGCAUGUAAAAAAUGUGAAAUAUUUGAGCAGGUACAUUCACUUGUUUCUUUUUUUGAUGUUUAUUUAUGAGCCGUUUCUUUUGGUGAGUUUUCUGGCUAGACAUUACAGGUGCGUCAGCUUCAAGCGCGUCCUCUUCUUUAUAUGCUUCUUCGAUCGGCUGCACAUGCGUCAAGGCAUUUAUGUAUGUAAAAUUUGGCUACAUAAAUAAGGCGUUAACAAUUUACAAGCAGUUAAGCAACUACGAUGAAAUUAUUUACCUCGUGAAGAUUCAUAACCUCUUAAUUGAUGAUGCUGUGAUGAAACAGGCCGAGGAUAAUUUAGCGUCCCUCAAUGGGGCCCUUUUUUUAAGUGGCUUAGAUAGGGGGUUCCUACAUGGAAGGCACGUUGCUAUCGCUUCAGAAGGUGGGGCGGAAAGAAGGUUUCGCCUGAGGAGGGGAAAGAAGAAAACGAGCAAAGGGGAGGAAGAUGCACAUAGUGUGUUUGCAUCGAACGGUGGUGACAUUCCGGAUGGGCUAGGGGGGGUCCACCCCGAUGAGAAGAAGCCAAAGCCACCUCGGCAGACGGAGCCGAACUGCCACUGCGCGGUUGGCGGGACUGACGCGGUUGGCGGGACUGACGCGAUUGGCGGGACUGACGCGAUUGGCGGGACUGACGCGAUCGACACGUAUGUGCGCCGCAACGUCCACUUCGCAAACCUGGACAGAGAAAUUAUGCUCAGUUUGUACACCGAGGGGGAGGGGAAAGGAAGUCGAAAGGGUCACUCAACUCGGAAGGGCAAAAGGAAAAGUAACCGAAUGGAAGUUCACCGUAGUUGCAGUGGAGGCUCCUCUCCAAGUACAACCCAUAAAGAAAUGAUGAUAAAGAAGCAUCUGGUUGAUAACACAUCCCGUGAAAUGCAUUACGUAACCCUAAUGUGUAUCCUGCAGGAACUGUUCUACAUAAGUGAGCUCAGCGAUAACUACAACAAAAUUUUGAUGCGGUGCAAAGCGAAUACAUACAAUCGUUUUGGCGAAAUUAAAAAAAAAGGCUACGUUAUAUAUAAUGGAAUUAUAAAAAAGGAAAUGAAAAACAAUCAUUUGUAUUUUUUGGACAUAAAUGACUACUACUUCAUUAAUGAUAAAGUGGAGGACAAGCGUUCCAGCGAGUUAGAUAUGAUGCUGCCAUAUAUGGAUGGGCAUCACGGACUGGUUGAGAGAAGCGAGACGGACAAGGAAGAACAAGAGGUUCCACUAGAGCUACCGUUACACAUUCAAAGGGAGGUACCAUCGAAUUAUUACUAUUAUGAGCAGAUCCAUGAUAAACCCUAUGUGUCUAUUUUCUCCUCCUUUUGUAGCUUCUGCCAACAUAAUAUUUACUUCGAUUUGUGUGCUUCCGAUGGGGGACGUAGAUGCAGAAGUGACAGCGUUGUCUUUUUUUUUUGUAAUCACCUGUAUCAUUUGAAGUGCCUUAGGGAGCGGCGGUUCAUCUGCCUGGCGUGUCAAUAA